GCCCUUAGAGCUCCGCUCCUCUCUUCCCCGCAGGCUGGUCCCAAGUAUCCCUGACCCCUAGGGACGUGAUGCAGAAACUGAGGCGCGAGGCAGCCAAGCCAUUUGCCCAGGUUGACCCGGCUUGCGAGUGGCGGAGGUGGGAUUCAUACCCCGAGCCCUGGAGCGCCAUCCUGUCCUCCUCGCUUUCAUCCGUGCAGCCCAGCCCCACCAUCUCCGAUCCCUACCAUAAAUUCUAAACGGUGAAGGUGACCAUCACCCAUUUUACAGAUGAGGAAAUUGAGACGUAGAGCGCCAAGGACGCUUGGGGAUCAAAAGUUUCGGUGCCUGCGGGAUCGCAAAGCUGGUGAUUUCCAGGCUUGGCUUCCCCCUCAGCGAAAUGUGGAAGAGACUCGAGGCUGCGGAGGAGGAGCUGAGGGGAGUGUUUUUUCCUUGACCCCCUCCCGCCUAGUUUCGGUGCAGAGAGUAGAGCGGGGCGGGGGGUGGUUGUCCAGUGUGGGAGUCUAGCGCCCCCUAGUGGUUGGAAGAAUUAAAAAAAAAGAAAAUCUGAGGGGCGUGCCUGUGAGAUGGGCGGGAGAGGGGAGUCGAGUUUACUCAGAGAGACCUUGUGGACGAGAUGUUUUCAGGUAGAGAUAAGGGCUACGAAGAUGGUAAGUGUUUGGUAAACGAAUAGACUAACGGACAACACCAUCGAUGUCUACAAGGAAAAAGAUGGUGGGGGCCAGGGACAUGGCAGUAUAUGGAUGAGCUUGAGAUAAACGUCAGAGGUGGAGCCAAAAAAAAAAAAAAAAAAAAAGAAAAGAAAAAAAGCUUCCGUGGGAACAAAUGAGACACACAUUUCUAAAUAGACAACAAAGAAACAAGUGUAUAAAAUGUCAGGUUUGUCGGAUGGUGGUCAGGGCUUAACGCGGGGAAGUGGGAAAGAAAGGCUGUGAUUUAAAAUGGAGAGAUUUGGGAAGAUUUCCUAAGAGGGUGACAUGGAGUAAAGAACUGCUGGGGCCAGGGAGCUAGCCAUGAAGUUGCUUGCCUAAGGCAGGGGGAGCAGCAUGUGCAAAGGCCCUGUGGCAGGAUUUGGAGGCAAAAUUCUGCGGUGGCCUCAUGUGUUGGAGAAACAGUGAGGAGGCCUGCGUGGCCGGGGCAGGCUGAGUGAGGGAAAGUGGUGAGUGGGAGACAUGAGGGCAAGGAGGGGUACAGGGAUGUGUCAUGUGGGGCCUCGUCGGCUGCAGGGAGGUGGGCUGUAAGAAGGGGGGCAUCACGACUUCACCCGGGUGCUCACAGGUGUGCUCCUCUGUGGGGAGGAUAGACUGUGUGAGGGGGGGGGGGGCAGGUGGGGAGCCUGGGGACCAGGGUGGAGGGGGAAUGUGUUGAUUCAAGCUAGGAUGUUGGGGGGGCCAAGCCAGAGUGGAGGCAGAAGAGAGAGGGUUCAGAAGAGAGCAGAUUUUGAGUAUUUUGCCCCGGGGGGGUACUGCUCGUGGGUUGGAUGAGGCGGAAGGCAUCAGGCCUCAGGAGCUCCAGCAGCAGCCCCCCACCCCUAGGUGCGCUGUGUUGAGCGGGAAAAGAGUCCUGUACCGGGGAGGCCGGACUGCUGAUGCUCCCGCCUCUCCCCGCCCCGCCCCCCCCCUGGCGGCUCCUCCUCCUCUACCCCCUCCGGGGCGACAGUUACAGGCAAAGAGGAAGUGGUAGCCGGCUAGCAUAGGCAGGCAGGCAGGCGGUGGAGGCCGCGAGGGCGCGGGCCGCCCGGCGAGGCAGCAACCAUGGAGCUGUGGCGCCAGUGCACCCACUGGCUGAUACAGUGCCGGGUGCUGCCCCCCAGCCACCGCGUGACCUGGGACGGGGCCCAGGUGUGCGAGCUGGCACAGGCCCUGCGGGAUGGCGUCCUUCUGUGCCAGCUGCUCAACAACCUGCUGCCCCACGCCAUCAACCUGCGUGAGGUCAACCUGCGCCCCCAGAUGUCUCAGUUCCUGUGCCUUAAGAACAUACGCACCUUCUUGUCUACCUGCUGUGAGAAGUUUGGCCUCAAGCGGAGUGAACUCUUUGAGGCCUUUGACCUCUUUGAUGUCCAGGAUUUUGGGAAGGUCAUCUACACCCUGUCUGCUCUGUCCUGGACCCCGAUUGCCCAGAAUAAGGGGAUCAUGCCCUUCCCCACUGAGGAGGAGACCGUGGGUGAUGAAGACAUCUACAGUGGCCUAUCUGACCAGAUCGACGACACGGUGGAAGAGGAUGAGGACCUGUAUGACUGUGUGGAGAACGAGGAGGCGGAGGGUGAUGAGAUCUACGAAGACCUCAUGCGCUCCGCGGAGCCGGUGCCCAUGCCGCCCAAGAUGACGGAGUAUGACAAGCGGUGUUGCUGCCUGCGGGAGAUCCAGCAGACGGAGGAGAAGUACACGGACACGCUGGGAUCCAUCCAACAGCAUUUCAUGAAGCCCCUGCAACGGUUCCUCAAACCCCAAGACAUUGAGAUUAUCUUCAUCAACAUCGAGGACCUGCUUCGUGUGCACACUCUCUUCCUAAAGGAGAUGAAGGAAGUCCUGGGCACCCCAGGUGCGCCCACCCUCUACCAGGUGUUCAUCAAAUACAAGGAGAGGUUCCUCGUCUACGGCCGCUACUGCAGCCAGGUGGAGUCCGCCAGCAAGCACCUGGACCAUGUGGCCGCCGCCCGGGAGGAUGUGCAAAUGAAGCUGGAGGAAUGUUCUCAGCGAGCAAACAACGGGAGGUUCACCUUGCGGGACCUGCUGAUGGUGCCCAUGCAGCGGGUACUCAAGUAUCACCUCCUUCUCCAGGAGCUGGUCAAACACACGCAGGACGUGAUGGAGAAGGAGAACUUGAGGCAGGCCCUGGACGCCAUGAGGGACCUGGCACAGUGUGUGAAUGAGGUCAAGCGGGACAACGAGACGUUACGGCAGAUCACCAACUUCCAGCUGUCCAUCGAGAACCUGGACCAGUCUCUGGCCCACUAUGGCCGGCCCAAGAUCGAUGGGGAGCUCAAGAUCACCUCAGUGGAGAGGCGCUCCAAGAUGGACCGGUACGCCUUCCUGCUCGACAAAGCUCUGCUCAUCUGCAAGCGCCGAGGGGACUCCUACGACCUCAAGAAUGUUGUGGAUCUGCAAAGCUUCCAGGUUCGAGAUGAUUCCUCUGGAGAGCGAGAAAACAAGAAGUGGACUCACAUGUUUCUCCUGAUCGAGGACCAAGGUUCCCAGGGCUAUGAGCUGUUCUUUAAGACACGAGAACUGAAGAAGAAGUGGCUGGAGCAGUUCGAGAUGGCCAUCUCCAACAUCUACCCUGAGAACGCUACUGCCAAUGGGCACGACUUCCAAAUGUUCUCCUUUGAGGAGACCACGUCGUGCAAGGCUUGCCAGAUGCUGCUGAGAGGCACUUUCUAUCAGGGUUACCGUUGUCAUCGGUGCCGGGCACCUGCACACAAGGAGUGUCUGGGAAGGGUCCCUCCAUGUGGCCGACAUGGGCAAGAUUUUUCAGGAACUAUGAAGAAGGAUAAGCCACAUCGCCGACCUCAGGACAAAAAGCGGAAUGACCUGGGCCUGCCCAAGAUGGAAGUGUGCCAGGAAUACUAUGGGCUUCCCCCACCACCUGGAGCCAUUGGUCCUUUCCUGCGGCUCAACCCUGGAGACAUCGUGGAGCUCACCAAGGCUGAGGCCGAACAGAACUGGUGGGAGGGCAGGAAUACGGCUACCAAUGAAGUUGGCUGGUUUCCCUGUAACAGGGUCAAGCCCUACGUGCAUGGUCCCCCUCAGGACCUGACUGUUCAUCUCUGGUACGCUGGCCCCAUGGAGCGCGCCGGGGCAGAAAGUAUCCUCACCAACCGCUCGGAUGGGACGUUCUUGGUGCGGCAGCGGGUGAAGGACUCAGCAGAAUUUGCCAUCAGCAUUAAGUAUAAUGUUGAGGUCAAACACAUUAAAAUCAUGACAGCAGAAGGAUUGUACCGGAUUACAGAGAAGAAGGCUUUCCGGGGGCUUACGGAGCUGGUGGAAUUUUACCAGCAGAAUUCCCUGAAGGACUGCUUCAAGUCUCUGGACACCUGCCUGCAGUUCCCCUUCAAGGAGCCUGAGAGGAGAGCCAUCAGCAAACCACCAGGUAGAGGAAGCACCAAGUAUUUCGGUACAGCCAAAGCACGCUAUGACUUCUGUGCCCGGGACCGAUCAGAGCUGUCCCUCAAGGAGGGUGACAUCAUCAAGAUCCUUAACAAGAAGGGUCAACAAGGCUGGUGGCGAGGGGAGAUCUAUGGCCGGGUUGGCUGGUUCCCCUCCAACUACGUGGAGGAAGAUUACUCUGAAUACUGCUGAGCUUGGCACACUGGCCAAGAGACGAGAAACUCCAGGCUCUGAGCCCAGGAUGAGCAGGCAGCAGGGCCAGGGGGCUGUGACAGGUCCCACGGGCUGAGCACCGGUAUGGAUGGUGGAGGGCCAGCGUCCAGCUGGCAGGGCUCCUGGGAUGAUGCUCUGCCACGGUUAAUUUAUAACACACCGAUUUCCUCCUGGGGCCCCUCGAGAAGGCGGGGCUCGAGGCAACAGCUUUUAAUAAAAUGUCGAAAGGAA